AUGUUCACUUUUCUAUUUGUCUAUUCGUUUGCUGUUUUAUUACCUUCGGCGGAAGCCAUUCAGGUUCAAAUUUCGUAAGUCAGGCAAACCCGCUCUUUUCUCAAUAGACAGCGAAUUCGUUCUACUGCACUAAUUGUAAUGUUUCCAUUUUUCAUUACUAAAUAGAGCAAACUUACUAUAUACCACGAGAAAAGCGAAACAAAAUGAGCAUGAAAAUGAAGCUUUGAGUGCAGUAGAGGGCAUUUGCUGAUCGAAAAUUGUAGAGGCGGAACGAUUGAGGGAAAAGUGAUAAAUGCGACGUACUCGCCGCUCGGCAAUCAGACCGGCAUCGCUUUUCUGGGCAUUCCUUACGCCGAGCCGCCGCUCGGAGACCUCCGAUUCCGGAAGCCCCGCCCACCGACGACGUGGCAGGGGAUCAGAGAGACGAACGAGUACAAACCGGCAUGUAUGAGCAACAUCACGUGGGUUCUAGACGGAAAUUGUGAAAAAAAAGGCUAAAAACGGUUUAUUCUGCAGAAGAACGUAUAAAGUGGCGAACGGCGGUCCGGUCUCUGAAGAUUGUCUCUAUUUGAACGUCUUCACAAAUGAUUAUUGUAUGCGAAAUGUCAGAAGCAACACCAAAAUCACAAAAAAUACCAUUCGUUUUUGCAGAAAAACUGUUCGGUGAUGAUUGUGGUGCACGGCGGCGCGUUCCUCUUCGAAUCCGCCUCCGCAUUCGCCCCCGACAUUCUCAUCAACAACUUUGUGGGUCAGGACAGAAAUAUUGUCGUCGUGUCCAUCAACUAUCGGCUCGGCAUUUUCGGAUUCGGACAGUUUCGCGGCGAUUCGGGCGACAGAAACAUUGCACUUUUCGGUGAGAAGCGCGCUCCACAUUUUUCACCUGAUUCAUACGGAAAUUGCUGGAAAACAAUGAUUUCGGUCGUUUUUUUUCUCAAAAUUUUCGACUUUUUCGUCAGAAUUACAUCAAAAAAGUCAUAAAGUGUAGAAAAUCGCUGCGACUGCAACGACAGCGCAAAUGAAUCAGUUCAAUACGAAAAUCGAAUAUUUAGACAUUUUACAAGCGGUAAAAUUCGUUCGAAAUGAAAUCGGAAGCUUCGGAGGCAACAAAAACAGAAUCACACUGGCAGGACACUCGGCAGGCGCCGCUCUGACCUUCCUGGUGAUUAGUCCCUAGUUUUGGCGCCUCAUUUCACGUACAUGGUUCAGUUCUCCUCGUCGCCUCUCUCAAAAGGCCUGAUCCAUCAGCAGAUCAUCAUGAGCGGACCGCUUGCAAAUAUGGCGAAGCAGGCGAAUUACAAAGCGACGACGUACAUCGCCACGCGUCUCGGAUGCCUCGCAGAAGACGUCGGAUUCGGAACGCUCUCGAAGAAGACCGUGGAAAAUGUAUUUGAAAAGUUUUCGAACAUGCACAAAUUCUUAGAACUAUUUUAGGCCUUCGAGUGUUUGCGAAAUGUUUCAGCGGACGAACUGCUCGCCGCCGAGCUGUAUAUGGUUCAGAAUUCGACGCAUUACUUGGGAUGUCCGCAUGUGGAUGGCGAGGUUUGCAGUUUUGCAAGUGCGCUCCACCGCAUUUUGAGACGAAAAUGAGCAAAUUUCGUUUGAAAUUAAGAAAGUUAUCAUCUUUCGAAGCGUCGAAUUUAUUAGUUGACAACUUGUUGAUAUCAGCCUAAAAUCCGUACUUUCAGUUCGUCACCGACUACCCGGAUCGUUUUCUAUCGGAAAAACGAGUGUAUCCCAUCAGCACGAUGCUCGGAACCACGAGUGCCGAGCUCAGAGAAUCACAGUUAUUGCUUCAACAUGACAGCAUUUUUCCGAAUUCCAGGACUUUCAGAUACAUUACCGAUUUGCAAAAUACAGUUCAGCGAGAGAAAUCGCUCGUGAAUCUCUGCGAGCACAUUGGCUACGAGCUCUUCGAUAAACCGGACGAGUUUGCGAAAAAGUGCUACGCUUACUAUCGAAACGGGUCGGACGCGCAGUUUUUGUCCGAUGACAUGGAGUUUUAUGCGGGCUCCGUCGAAAUUGCGAACGCUCACUCGACCGCAAGCACCAAAGUGUUUUUGUACAGGUAUGCAAGUGCGCUCGGAAAAAUUUAAAAUUGCGCACGGUCUCCCACGGCGCGAAUAAUUUCAAUGGGGCGCAGUUGCAACAGGCGAGCUGUGUCGAUUUACGCGGCGGCCGAUUAAUUAAUUUUCAACGGGAGGUCGCGUUCUUUCCAUGUUUUCUGUACAAUACACCUAUUUUUGUACGCUUGGAACCUGGAUUCGAAUAAUUAGAGCACUAGCUACGUUUUGGUAACAGAAAUCUCACAUAUCGUUGAGAAUUAGCCGAGUUAUUUCGAUUUGAAGGUUUUGGCCUGGAUUUUGAUGUUUUUCGAAUAGUUUUCGGAAAUUGCUCAAGAAAACUAACCGCCGGAACCUGAAUUUUGUAAAGAAAGAUUCAGCGAACAUUUUUAUUGUUCGUUGGGCUCAUGAAAUGCAAAAUGAACUGAAAUAUAAAGGUUUGAAGUUUUGACGAAAUGCGAAAAAGACGCUAAUAACAUGAAAACCUCUAAAUUCUGUAAAGAACGGUUUCCAAUCAGUAAAAUAUUGUUUUCUAGACGUUUUUCAAGUCAAAAAGAAAGAAAUAAAGGUCGUAGACUCGAAUUGAACUGCAUUUUUAGACCUGCAAAUUUUCAAAAGUUACAACGACACUCCGCAAUUUACGAGCGCACUGUGUUUAGCAUUAGCGCCCUGGGAGACCGUGUUGCGAGAGAAUGAACACAAAAGAACCUUUUUACUCUUUCAGCUACACGUACACCGGCGCCGGAUUGGCUUUCAAAAAGUACAUGCCAACAGUGCCGUCGCCGCAUCAUUCUGAGGACCUUGUAAGCCAUUUGCCUCUCAUUUUCGACCUAUUCUUCCAUGACACUUGCAGAUUUAUACAUUCGGCACUCAUCGAGGAGUGAUGGCGCCCAAAGAUUACGUGAUUGAAAGCAUUUACAGUGGAGUUUUUGCGAAUUUUGUAAACUUUGGAGAUCCGUCGCCUUCGGAGCAACAAAAAUGGAGGCCAUACUCUGAAAAGAAUAGGGAGUACUUUGAAGUUGGUGAGUUGGAAUGGGAAAUGUGAAAAACGAAGCAAUUCGGGGACUUUUCAGACUUUGAUCAGAACUUUACGAUGCCCGGCAUGAAGACAGGCUACUACAAACGAGCCGUUGACUUUUGGAGGUUUCCUAUUUCCAAUUUUCAUAAAAACCCUCACUUUGUUUCAUUUCAGCCAGCCAUCUCUCAAGAAGAACCACCGGGAACAGUGGUCCCCCUCGUUGGACACCCUGAUCAUCACGAACCUCGUCGACCCGAUUCUGAGCCACAUGCGCGGAUACUCGAUCGACACCGAAAAACUGUACGAGCCAUUGAACAAGCUGUUCUACGAACGAGAGCAGUUUUUGAAUGAGCUGAAGACGGAAUGGAGAACGACGCAGUUGCUGAAGGGGAAGAUUGGGAACGGAAAAUGGGCGAGAAGUGGAGAGGUGAAGGUGGAAGAAGAAGGGAAGGAAGAAGAAGAAGAAGGCGGUGGAGUCAGUGAGUUUAUUUCUGGUACCGUCUUAGUCUCUCUAGGGAAAGGAAUGGGACGUAUGUAAUGCCCUUCUAUGAAUUCUGUAGUGUCAAUUCCAUCACUUUUGCAGACAUUCUCCUGAUAAUCUUCGCGGGCGUCCUUCUGCUCGGCAUCCUCUACAUUUCAAUCACCCACUUCUGUCUGCACGUCCGAUCGCGAGAGGGCUACCAAUUGUUGAAGUGA